AGGAUGAUGUCGUCACCAAAAGCCAAGACCAAAAAGAAACCUCCCAAAGACAGCAUGACACUUCUACCAUGCUUCUACUUCAUAGAGCUCCCCAUCGUCCUCUCCUCCCUAGUCUCUCUCUACUUCAUGGAGUUGACAGACCUGUUGUCCCCGGCGACCCCUGGGUUCCAUUGCUAUGACCGUGACCUGUCGUUGCCCUACCUGGAGACAGGAGACGAACUGUUCCCUCUGCUGAUGUUACUGAGCCUGGCCUUCGCAGGACCGGCUGCCUCGAUCAUGCUGGGUGAAGGGCUGGUGUAUUGUUACCAGUCCAGAGUCAAACAGAGUAAAGCUGAUGGAUCCAUCAUCGCUGGAGGGUGUAACUUCAACUCCUUCCUACGGAGGACUGUUCGCUUUGUUGGUGUUCAUGUGUUUGGUCUCCUGGCAACUGCCCUAAUGACGGACAUCAUCCAGUUGGCUACUGGUUAUCCCACCCCUUUCUUCCUGACUGUCUGUCAGCCCAAUUACACGCUGCCUGGGAUGUCAUGUGACCAGAACAACUACAUCACACAGGACAUCUGCUCUGGGAAAGAUAUUUAUGCCAUCCUGUCAGCCAGGAAAACAUUUCCGUCCCAGCAUGCAACGCUUUCUGGCUUUGCUGCUGUCUACAUCUCUAUGUAUUUGAACAGUGUGAUCAGCAGCAGUACUAAGCUGGUGAAGCCGGUGCUGGUGUUUGGAUACUGUCUGGCUGCAGGCAUAGCAGGACUGACUCAGAUCACACAACACCGCUGCCAUCCCAGAGACGUCUAUGUUGGCUACGCCAUAGGAGCUGGCAUAGGAGUCUACCUGUCUCUGUAUGCAGUAGGUAACUUCAGGUCAUCCGAGGAGGACUGCCUCCCCCAGCCUGUCCGGAGGGCUGCCUCCCCCCCCCAGCAGCAGAGGGAGGUGGUGGUGAGGGGAAGAGCCCAGAGAGGUCAUGUUUCUCAGCACAGCUCUCUGUACCGCAGUAAGACCCCCAGACCAUCAGACAGCAGGGAGGAACUGGGGACUGGACGCUGCAAGGUAAGAGAUGAAGGGAGAGAGGUUCGUAGGGAGAAGGCCAGCGUAGCAUCUCUGAAGAGGGCCAGUGCUGAUGUGGAGCUCCUGGCACCCCGCGGCCCCAUGGGAAAGGAAACCAUGGUAACAUUCAGCAAUACCUUACCCCGCGUCGCCAACGGCAGCAGCAGCAUCUCGCCCCCCGGAGACGACCCCUCCAACCAGCGUCACAUGACCUUCCACCUGUCCUUCGACCCCCGCAGGUCACAACCAAGGCUGCGACCGCCGCUGUCGGCCAUUAGAGCCGUUGCCACGGCUACCCCAGCGCCAGCCCCACUGGUGCAUGUCCCUAAGGAGGGGAUUAGACACCCCCCUACUGUCUCCCCUCUACCUCCUACGGUCUCCCCUUUGCCUCCUUCUGUCUCCUCUCUACCUCCCCCCGUCUCCCCUAAGAGCGCGGUGACGCGUGCCAAGUUGAUGUCACUUAACCAGGGAGGGGAACGAGCCAGGGAGGGGCCUAUCCCUGUGACGACUCCGCGUGUGCCCACCCAGCCGCACAAUCAGCCACGAGUGGCGCAGGUCAUUGCCAUGUCCAAGCAGCAUGGACCAAUCAGCUCCUCUGCCAAGGGCUCUGACUCUGCCUCUUCCUGUGGGGGAGGAUCUUCAACAGGAAGCUCUGAGUCUCCGUACUACCGGGUCCCCUCUGACCAUGACAGCCACACCGGGAGUGUUACCGGGAGUAUUGUCACCAUAGACGCUCACGCCCCUCAUCACCCUGUGGUCAGGGUGUCUAGCAGUGCCAGUACCAGGAGUAACGGGACUCCGGGUGCCAGAGUAACAGCUGCCGGUAACGGGUCCCCCUGGGAGCGGAGGAACACCACCAGCGGGAGCCUGGGGAGCGUCGGUGAGCAGGGCCAGAGGGGGGCGCUGCAGCGCCAGGAGAAAGUCUCCGCACCGGAAUAUCGGGAAUACCGAACACUUCCUGUGAAAUCAGACUCUAUCUGCUCCUCCUCUCCCAGCCAGACGGAUCCCUCCACCCUCCCUCCACCUCCUCAUCCAGAUCUGCUGUUGGACAGUUACUCCCCCCCCCUCCCCCGCUCUAUGACUCUCCCCCGUCGGCCCACUGUCUCAGCCCACAGCCGCGCUGAUCAAGAAGUCUAUUACAAGACCAUGCAGACAGAGAGGAGAUUAUAA